ACGCACAUACCUACACAAAUAUAUAUUUUCAUAUUUAAAAGGGGUAAGUAUGUUUUGUUAAGCUGCCCUCUCCCUAUCUCCCUAUUUUCCGGCGACAUCAAUGUGCAUAUUAUUUACAAACAUAUUUAAACCCAAAUCGUCGGCACUUGUUUGACACAUGUUGCUCCCAAUUCGCCAUCAAUUGCCAUUGCUAAGCAACUUAAGUGACCACAACAUUUUUACGGGCCACUAACCACUAACUCUAUUGUAAGCAGUAAUCUUGAUGGACUAAAAUAGUAUACCUUUACCAGUGCAGAGACAGAUAUGUACUAUUAUUAUUGCUUAAAGAAAAAAUGAAACAUUUCAAAGCUAAAGCCAGCUCAUUACCACUCUUUAAUGGUCGAAUAUCCGAUUCAUCCAUAUCGAGUAGCUCGUCAUCUGUUGCUCUUGUCGCGUCGAAAUCAAAAAAGCGGGCGACCUUCAAUGGAGUUAUGCAACCAAAAAUAUUUACCAUAUCUAACUCAUCAUCAUCGGUGGUGUCAUUGUUGAAGGACGAGCCUCCAAGGCCUGCAAAGAAAAGCCUAGAAUCUGCAAAUAUUUACAAUGACGACGGAGUAGUGGGUCGAACACCAAAAGUGUCAGAAGUCGCUGGUCCCGAGCUUCAUAAUUAUGAGAAACUUCGCGUAGUAGGACAAGGUUCAUUUGGAGUGGCAAUAUUAUAUCGACGUAAAGUUGACAAUCAUCAUGUCGUAUUUAAGCAAAUUAACUUAUCCGAUCUCACGCCAUCCGAACGAGAUUUGGCUAUGAAUGAGGUGGAGGUCUUUUCCAAGCUUCACCAUCCGAACAUUAUCAGUUACCUCGGCAGCUUCAUUAGGGACAACACAUUGCUGAUCGAAAUGGAGUACGCUGAUGGUGGAACACUCGCCCAGGUCAUAGCCGACCGUCCGGUCAAAGAUUAUUUUCCUGAACGUUAUAUCAUCGCAGUGUUUGAACAGAUUUCUAGUGCCAUUAAUUACAUGCAUUCGGAGAAUAUCUUACAUCGAGAUCUAAAAACUGCAAACGUGUUUUUAAAUAAACGCGGCAUUGUAAAGAUUGGCGACUUUGGCAUAUCAAAAAUAAUGAAUACUAAGGUUUUAGCACAAACUGUUUUGGGAACGCCCUACUACUUCAGUCCAGAGAUGUGCGAAGGCAAGGAGUACGACAACAAAAGCGAUAUUUGGGCCUUAGGCUGCAUUCUUGGCGAGAUGUGUUGCCUCAAGAAGAGUUUUGCGGCUUCAAACCUCUCGCAAUUAGUUUCCAAAAUAAUGGCGGGCAAUUAUACCGCCAUACCUACAGGAUAUUCUUCAGGGCUGCGGAGUCUUCUGAGCAAUCUUUUGCAGGUAGAUUCUUCUCGACGGCCAAUGGCCUCGGAAAUAUUGGAGUAUUGGAUUCCAUUGAUAUUUAGAAAUUUGGGGAAAAAUAAAGGGUACUAAUACCUAGCUAUGUAGAUAUAUUAGAUAUGCCUAUACAUACAUACAUAUGAGUAUUUCCAAUAUGGCGUUACGUGACACUCCCCUGAAGGAAAGAGUGGUCCAAUUGCUCGAAAAAUAUAGUCGUAGGUAUAUGUAGUAGUUUUGUAACUAGACCAAAGAAGGUCCAAAAAUUUAAGGCAAUGUAAUGUAAAACAGGUGAAUUGUA